GAGGAACACUAAAAAGAGGAACACUGAAGCAGGUUUAACCAAAGGAAUAGAGGAGAGUUUGGCUCAACGGUUUCAAGGUACUAUGCUAUUCUCUCGGAAUAUACAGAUGAAAAGACCUGAUCCCUGCCCACCAUUUAACCAGGAGGUGUCUGGAUGGCAGAUCAUUCAACCUUCUCUUUCUUGAGUUUUCUGCUCUGCCAUUAUCUUCCACUCAUUACUGCUUCAUUUUGUGAUUCAUUGAUAGAAAGUGAAGUGGAGUCGAUUAAAAUCCCUCCCGACACGGUACAAUUAUACACUAAGGAUUGUAAUGUAAGAAGCAUCCCAUACAAUGAAAAGGAUCGUCCAAGGCUAAGUUUAUUCAAUCUCUCCUCUAAUUGUAUCAGGACUUUGCCAAAUGACGUUCUUCCACGUCUGGAAAAGAAAUGCCUAAAAGAUCUCCCAGAAUUACUUAUUAACUAUACCCUAAAAGGAAUUACAUUUGUCUGCACCUGUGAAUUCAUUAAGGGCUCCCCCAUACCACUAAACAACACUGCUUGUGCAGAAAUGUUGAAAAGCUGUGGAAAUACAUCCGUGGCCACUUCUAUAGGAAUUUCCCUUCUUUUCCUCUUGUUGAUCUGUGGAAUUGGGUGUGUUUGGCGCUGGAAACACUGGAACCCCAUGCAAUUUACCUUACCAAGGGUCUUGCAAAGGAGAAGCAGCAGGAAAAAAGAUUAUACUAAGACACUCUCAAGUCUCCUCGCUAUCAGCUCAAGGAAUAAAAUCUCAGUGCAGAACCAAGACUGCAGAACUUCUGGGAGAGGGACUAACACACAUGACAACUAUGAAAACGUGGAACGUGGUGCCCCCAAACCUAAAGAAGAAACCGACAAAGAACUAUAUGAGAACAUUCGCCAGACCAGUUUCGAGGAGCAUAUCUAUGGAAAUGAGAUGUCAUCUCAAUAUUAUAACUUCCAGAAGCCUAGUACUUCUGAGGUCCCUCAAGAUGAAGACAUAUAUAUUCUUCCAGAUUCAUAAUGGCUUUUGAAAAUACUGGGUUUAGUUAUUAGAGGAUAAAUAUUCACUGGGACUUUUAUUUUACUGAUGUCAUUGUUAAUCACGUUCUUCAGAUGAAACUCAAUGAUCUUUUCUCUGUCUCCACCCUUCUGAACCUUCUCUUUGUGAAACACUGCAGGUUAAAUCCUCUUCACUCACCUUUCCCUAGAUUAAUUCUGCAUUAUGUUGUAUUGAUUCUUCCUUCUAAAUGUUACCUGUUACCUUUUUCUCUUAUUUCUAUCGCUGCCGUCUUUUUCUGGCUCCAGACUGUGUCAGUCUUCUAACUUGUCUUACCGGCUCCAGUUUCUACACGUUCAGUCCGUUCCCAUGAUGCUGCCAAAUUUAUCUUCAGAAAAUAUUCCCAAUGCCACACCACUCCUUUGCUUACAAUCUCUUAAUGGCUCCUCUUUGCAGAAGACAUACUACUUAAAAUUCUAACUCCAGAACUUAGGAUUUUCCACAGUUGCACACUUUUCCAGUGACUUCUACUAAUUUCUCAUGUCUCUGCUUUCAUCAGAAUCACCUGAAAACAGGCCAGACUCAUCCCUUCUCCUUGGCUUUGCUUGUCUGCCCCCUUUCAUGCCUGCCUUAGACGGCAACUUCUUCCACAAGUCUGAAUUAUUCCAAACCUACCUUUACCUUUUCCUUUUCUGAUCUCCUGUAGAUUUUGCUGCCUUUUAAUUCUCUGGGUAUUUAAACAUAUGAAUGUUUUCUAUGACAUUUUACGAUUUAUUGUUAUAUGAGAAUGUCUUAAAUUCCUUGCUAAAUAACAAGGAAGUGCCUCAUCUUCGUAUUUUAGCUCCACUGCCUAGACCAUCCUAUGAGGCAUUUGGUGUUGUUCAAUUGACAAGAAAUUAAUUUGUACCUUUUUCUCACUAGCUUUGAGAAAAAUCUAAUGAAUUCAUCCAUUCAAGAAAUAUUUUUGGAGUACCUUCUAUCUCCUUUUACUCUGCACAUGGCUGGAGUAAAACAGUAAAAAGAAAGGCAUAGGUCCUGAACGCAUAUUGUCUAGCAGGGAAGAAAAGACAAUAAAUAAACAAAUACUGUGCUGCUUCUUAAGCUAUGAUAUCUUACUCCUGAACUCAGCCUUUUAUGUGCUGCUCUGAAUUGCUCAGGCUGAGGCUCUGCAAAGCACAUUUUUCCUUUGCCGAGUGGGUCCCUAUUAGGCUCUGUUCAUAGGGUGCAGCGUGGAAGAUGGGUAGAUGAGAGGAACCAAAUGGGACUUGCUCUUUCUUGCUCUCCUUGUUUUCCCAGCCAUGCAUUUUACUCCAGCAUCACCAAUUAUUUGCAGUUUCUAGUUUUUUCCAUCAUUCCCAGAAAAGGCUUGAGUGCGCCCUGUCAGAGGUGCCAGCACCAGCCAGGUGACACCCUUCCCUUAGAAUCUGAGAAGCAGCUCCGCAGAGCCUCCUCCAAGCUCCUGAGGUACGGAUGGAAACAAAUGGGACUGUCAGAGCUCCAGACGCAGCCCCGGCGCGGGGCCAUCUCCUGGACUCACUGUCUUUGUGGCAUCUCCGGGUCCUCUUUCAUCUUCUCAAACAAGACCUUUUUGCUAAUUCUCUGUAUUAAACUCUCCCUGUUCAAACAAACUGGUAUGGUUUCUAUUUCCCCGGGUGGACCCCAAUGUACAAAUAGAAAAGGUGGAGUAGUGCUUUGAAGAAAAAUAAAUAAAAAAUCUGUUUUUGAGAGCAUGGGGGUUAGGUAGGGAAGAAUUUUAGUAGGAUGAUCAAAAGAGGCUUCUCUGAGGACACACUUAAGCUGGGCCUUGAGGAUGAAAGGAGUUAACCGGGCAAAUUCUAGAUGGGGUGGGAUGGCACCAGCAUAUGAAAAGCUUUGGCAUUUGGUUAAGACUGGGGUGGCUGCAGUGCAGAUAAAGCCAUUGACAGUGCCGCCCUAGUCUUUGGAGGAAGGGCCACAGGGCUUACUGAUAGACUCACUUUGUGUGUUCUGUAGGGGAGUGUUAAGAUUGAGGGGUUGUGGGAAACAGAGAAAUCUAGAAGAACCAUUUUAUUUCUAGCUGGAGCAUCAGGGGCAAUUUAAAGUAUUUCAAUGAAAUGAGCAAGACUUAGAGAGGAAACAGCUUUGGAGGCUGUGUCAGGAAUGACUUGGGCUGCCAGUAACAGAAAACAUGACUACUUUGGCUUAGACACAUACACUUUCAUUCAUUUCAAAUAACGUUGACAUGAAGUGAGGCAUUUGAGGGCUAGCGAACUAGUCUAACGGUACCAUCAGAGAUCCAUGUUCUUUCUCUUUCCUCUCUGCCAUCCUUAGUGCUGUAACUUUCAUCCUCAUUUGUAUUACUUCAUGAUCAUCCAGUGCUUUUGGAACCUGCAAGCCUCGUAUCUCUGUUCCAGGCCUCAAGAAGGAUGAAAGGAAAAGACAACAUCAGGAGAUAUCUAUUUAUAUGUUAUUGGCCAGAAUUGUGUUACACGGAUGCAUGGAAACCACCAGGUAUUGGAGUGGAUGGGAAGCUGAAUUGUGACCUUUGAUGGCCUCAUAGGAAAGGAGGCAAGGGAAAAAGUUGUAAAUAGAAGUUAGGUCAGUAACCUACUACCAAAGGGGCAAAAUCAAUUUUGGACAUGUUUAUUCUGACGUGUCCUGAGACCCAAGUAGAAAUAUCCAGUUUGCAGUGGUACAUACACAUUUGGAUUUUGGAGGAGAGCUCCUAACUGGAUAUGUGCUAUUGAGAGCUGUAAGCAUGUAGAUGGUAUCUACAGGAGCAGGGAUUUAUGGGAUCACAUGGAGCAAAGAGUAGAGAACCAAGAAAAAAGGAGAGGAAUCCAAAGUUCCCCUCAGACUGCAAUAUUUCAGAGAUAGAUCAGUGAGGAGAAUCUAGCAAAUGAGCCUGAGAAUGAAUGGCCAGUGGGGAGUGCCAUGAAUUCUUAUGGAAUGGUGGUUGAUAUUGUGAAAUAGACGAUAUAUUGACCCAUACAUUAUAGUUCACUUUCUAGAGAUAGGAUGAGUAUUUGAUACUUGUUUAUUCUUUUUGGCCAAAAAAGAUAGUAAAAAUCUAUGUAGAGGAAGUAUUUAGUCCAUGAUCUUUUACCCAGUUCCCAUUUUGACUUGUUUUUUGAAUUAAUUGUAAGUUCUUUAUCAGCUGAAAAUCGCUUCCUCCUUUCCUUCCUAGCACUUCUCGAUGGGGGUGGGCAAAGAGGAAUAAAGGAGAUUGUCAUUCACCUUCUCUUUUUACUCUACAUACUCUCCAUUCUUCAUCCUUUCUCCAGUUUUGAUUCCUUGUACUCUUCCUCCUUCUCUCAUUUCCCACUCCCCCCUCACUUCUCCACAACCCCCUUCUUUGCUCUCCCUCUCUCUGUCUCCUUCAAAUUUUUAUCUGCUCCUUGCAUCCUUCAUUCCAAUAUUUCUCUGCCUUCUUGAAAUCCAAAAAGUACAAAUGUUCUUGAGAGGUAAAGAUAAUAAAAUCUCUCUGCAUCUACUGAGAGCAGCAGUUUGUAUUUGUGUUAUAUUAGCAACAAAAGUGACCACUUGUACCACAAUUAAAAGAGGAAGAAUGUCAGGGAUGCGAGAAGGGAGACAGGAAUAUCAAAUAUAAUGCGUGUAGCUUUGCUGCGUACUCCUGGAAAUGUAGGCAUGUUCACAUCCUGUGACCUAUAGCUAAUCUCUGUAUGACUCCGUCGCCAACAUCCAGCAACAGCGAGCACCUGGCUUCUUCAGCUUGCUCAGCCUUCAGCUCGAAACAUUUCACUGCACAUACUUGAUGAGUUUUCACCAAUGAGUGGCAAGCUGUUGAACAAUAUUAACAUGAUAUUUUGACUUACGUUUUACUUUUGCUGCUUGGCGAACAAUAAAUAUGUCAGAGAAUCAGCUUGGCUACUUUUGUUACUGUUAAGACAAGAGGACCUCAGACCAGAACAAGGGAAAAAAAGAGACACUGCUUCUAUUUUUGAAGGUCUAAGAGUCAUUGACCAUAGUUAAGGUAUUGUGUACUAGAUUAUAAUCAUCAUCUGCUUUCUCUGCUUUGGAGUCAAGAAUAGGAAGCUUCCAGGUAGAAGGAGGCUCCUUAAAGACAUCAGAAGACUGUUGUUUGGAUUUGAAGAAUACUAUUUGAGGAAACUAAGCUCUACUGGUCUGAAGAAGUGCGGGAAAUACAGUCAUUUAAUUGAGUGUUGGCAUCAGAGUGGUGCUCACCUUAUAGAAUUCUCUGGAAGAAUUUGUAUAGAAUUGGUAUUUCUUAAGUGUUUGCAUCGGUGAGGCUCUGUGAGCCUGGAAUUUUCUUUAUGAGGAGAUUUAAAAAUAUAAAUUCAAUUUCUUUGA